AAAAUUUGUUUCUUUGACACGUAAGUGAACUCCAAUUUUCUAAAUACUAAACUAAAAUAAAACGGGAUGUAUUUCAAAAUUUCACUUUUAUUUUGCGCGUUAUACUUCUUUACAGUAGUACGGAGUAUUGGACUAAGUGAGGGACAAAUCACCUCAUGCGUUCAAUUGUUGGAGAAGUACAUUACAAAACAAACAAUAGCUGUGAUCAAUGAUAAAACUAUGCCGGAAUUAUUGAUUAAGUUGGCCUUAGAAGAAAAGGAAUCUGAUGAUUGGGAGGAAAACGGUUUGACUACUUUUGAAGUAAGACUUUUCGUGAGAAUGUUUACCAUACAAGACCAAAAGAUUGAACACGACGGGCUUCUUACCUAUGCCGAAUUGGAGAAUCUAAUUGACGAUGGUUUAAACCUAGAACGUGACGUUAAGGAGGAAAUAAAGAAAGAAUUAAAAAAUGGUGAUUCAAUUAACGCACAAAAGUUCUUGGCGGCCAUAUUGAAAUAUAAACCAGAAGGCAAAGGUUUAGACAAGACACAGAUACAAAGAUGCGGCAUUUUGUAUAAAUAUGAUUAUGGUUAUCUUCAUACUGAAAGGCUAAAAGACUUACUUCAAGCGUUACAUAUUGUUUCCAAUGACUAUAAUACGCUAUUAGAGUUCGAGCAUUUCCAAACUGCCGCUAAUGAGUUAAAAGAGCUCUUAGUCAUUUGGUCAGAAUAUAAUAAGGACGUCGAAGAAAAUUCGCCGUGUUUUACUAGUAAAGAAGUUCGGGAAUACAUUUCCGAAUUUUCUUUGUACGAUAGAAACAUGAAUGGUGUGCUCAAAUUUGAGGAAUUCAAACCAAUCGCCAACCUUUACUUCUCACCAUAUAAACCAAUAUCCAUUUUGAAGCUAUAUUCCGAUUUCUACUUCACGCCCGAAAGUCGGGAAUUUGAACCGGCCAAUAAACCUCACGACAAAGAAGCUGAUAGGAAAGACAAGUUGAAUAUUAAAUGUUCAAUGAGCGCUGCUAUGUACUUGAACAUGAAAUAUUAUUUACGUUUUGGACGAAAAAAAAGAAAUAAUUUUGAAGAAGUGGCAACGAAUGAAAAUGUGGCAAUACAAGAAACAUAUGACAGGGCAUGGCAAAAUAUUGCAACGGAAGAAACAAAUGAAAAUGUGUCAAUGGAAGACACAAAUGUCAGGCGCAAUCAUGGAAAUGGUCUUCGGUUAUUUAGGUGUUUUGGAAGUCGUUGAAGAAGUAUUGCGAAAUCACUGAAAUACUAAAGACAAAAAAAUUAUUAUUAAUUUUCAAUUUUAUUUAACGGUUUAUUACUGUUCCACUUAAAUUUUUUGUCAUAAAAUUGUUGCUUUUCUCGUAUUUUAAAUAAAGAAAACCAUAAAAAUGUAUUCAAUUGACUUAAGUAUAAUUUUGCCGAUUUCUUGUGAAAUUAAUUAAAUUUUAAAAAGCACGAGGGGAAACACAUUUUUAUAUCAAGUAUUCUUUUUUUUCUUUAACAUACCUAG